UGACUGUAUGUGGCGUUUGAUGCGAUGUUGUCGUCAUAACUGAGUAAUGAGUGAAUGAAUUGAGUAUUGAUUUCAUUGUUGAUUACGAUUUGAUGCGAGAUUUCAAUGACUAUUCAAAUGACCGACAAUUGCGUGAAAUCGUCGAAAAUGAGCCGUCAUUUCAAUACAAUGAAGAAUCACUCGUCGCUGGACUAUAGGCUCCGGAAGUCGUUAUACUACGGGAGCAUAAAGUGUGGAUCACAUGAGACCAUAGACUACCCGUCGAUGCCGUUGACGGAAGUGACGGUCGACCUCUUCGACCGGACGGUGACCUCCGGCGCCAAAGGGCUGGACGUGUUUGACAUGACGUUCGCGGCGCAGGUGUCCCGUCAGGCGUGCAUUACUCCCACGUCUAUAAUGCUUGCGAUGAUCUACUUGGAGAGACUCAAAGCCAAGUCACCCGAGUAUUUGCGACGCGUCUCCACCUGCGACCUCUUCCUCGUCUCCAUCAUGAUAGCCUCGAAGUUCCUGUUCGACGACGGAGAGGACGACGAGGUGUUCAACGACGAGUGGGCCAACUCUGCCAACAUCGACGUCAAGCAACUGAACCGAUUAGAGCGCGAAUUCCUCAAAGCCAUCAAUUGGUCGCUGUUUGUCGACUGCGAGACGUUUGUGCGGCAGCUGUCGAAAGUGGAAGCACUCAUAUCCGUGAACCAGUCCAAUAGGAGGGGCGCCACUGGCAUGACGUAUACGGAACUGUUGGCGCUCUUCGACUACUCCAAGAGUCGCGACAAAAGCGGCGAUCAUUUGUCAGCCAUUAUUCAAACGGUGAGCAAACUGUUGGUCGUGUCGUGUGUGGGCUAUUGGGCCGCCGUAUUGGCAUUACUCGCCUCCACAGCGAUCGCCAAAACCUCUCUCCAGUCCUCCUCUCAAACCCCUUCUCUCGCCAAUCAAUCUCUCGUUACGAACGACUCGACGCUCCUCUACGCCAAUCAACGGCCCGAAGAG